AUGGAGCAGCUCAGAGCAGAACUCCGGGCUCAAUUUAGAAGACAAUCCCCGGUGCCGUCUCCGCCGAAGGAGCAGGCGCAGCCCGCCCGUUCCCCCGAGCGUCCCAACAUGGACGAUAUGGUGCGUGCCGUGACGGCUCAAGUGGGGCUGAUGCUUGACGCACGGCGACGACAAGCCGCACAGGCGGCUUCACAAGCGCCCGCAACUAAGACGACUGUAGGUGGACCCAAGUCGCCUUCAACCUCCACUCCGAGGCGAGGCCCUCCGAAUCUCACUGAAGAGCCCCAAAAGGGCAGUAAAACGAAAGGGAAGGGAAAAGGGAAGAAGAUCGUGGCCCCAACAGCGGCCAAGGCCACUACAAACCCAUCUUCUCCAUCAACCUCAGCUCCCCCGCCCCAGCCAUCAGUCCCUGCGUCCGUGAACGAAGGCUGGAAUGUGGUGACCCGAGGCAAGAAGAAGGCGACGGCAAAAUCGCGCCUAACGUCCAAGCCAGCGCCGCAGCGCCAAAAGGCCACCAAGCCUAAGCCGCGUAAACUCCGCCCGCCUCGCUCGGCGGCGGUAGUUCUGACGCUGCACCCGGACGCUGAAGGAAAAGGCGUAACGUACGCGCAGGUGCUUUCCAGGGCGAAAGAAAACAUUGACCUGGAGCAACUAGGCAUCACUGCCAUAAAAUUUAAGCGGGCAGCCACUGGCGCGAGAGUCCUUGAACUGCCAGGUGCAGCCAAUGGUGAGAAGGCCGACUCGCUGGCAAAAGAGCUGGCUGAAAAGCUGGGGGAGGACAUAGUUCGAGUCUCCAGGCCGGUAAAGUGCGCGGAGUUGCGCCUCACGGAGCUCGACGAUUCGGUGUCGCCUGGCGAGGUUGUCGCAGCGGUCGCUAAAGUCGGCGGCUGCGCAGAGGACCAGAUUAAGGCAGGAGAAAUCCGCCAAGAUGCCUCCGGCCUUGGUACAAUCUGGCUUCGCUGCCCGAUCACGGCAGCCAAAAAGGUGGUGGAAGCUGACCGUGGGCGAAUCCGGGUAGGAUGGGUCCGUGCCGCAGUGAAGCUGCUCGAUCAGCGUCCCAUGCGGUGCUACAAAUGCCUCGAAAAGGGCCACAACACGUGCGUGCGACAACGGGCGGCUCCAUUGUGGAUAUCACAUUCGCCAGCGUCGCCCUGGCGCGCCGUGUCCAAAGUUGGGAGGGUCAUGGUGGGGGUGGAGACGUUGUCGGACCAUCGCUACAUACGGUUCGACGUCGCCACUCCUUCACUGACCCCAGACAACUUAGGUCGGAUUGGUCCGGUCGGGGGUGGCCCAAGAUGGGCCCUCACUAAACUUGACCGCGAACUGCUCAAGGAGGCGGCUAUCAUUCAGGCCUGGUUGCCCGUACAGGAGGAGGCUGUUGCGGUAGAGGAGGAAGCUUCCUGGCUCCGGGAGGCCAUGACACCGUUUGUGACGCGGCGAUGCCCCGGGCCAAGCCCCUACCGCCAAGAACAUCAGUGUACUGGUGGUCCGCCGAGCUCGCGCAGAUGCGCGAGGGCUGCAUAG